CUGUUUAUGGCAGAUCAAGUUCUUUAAUUUCCUUGUUGUCAAGCAUCGAUGUUGCAGCUAUGUCCUAUCACAUCAAUUGGCAGGGUUCAAGUUGGCAUUUUCAAAGUUGGCUUCUUUUUAUUGCAGUGGUGCAUCGGUUUCUAGUUCUCAAUGUGUCUCACAGUAUGGAUCAAGUUCUCUAAUUCCCUUGUUGUCAAGCAUCGAUGUUGCAGCUAUGUCCUAUUACAUCAAUUGGCAGGGUUCAAGUUGGCAUCUUCAAAGUUGGCAUGAUUACAGUUGGCUUCUUUCUAUUGCAGUGGUGCAUCGGUUUCUAGUUCUCAGUGUGUCUCACAGUAUGGAUCAAGUUCUCUAAUUCCCUUGUUGUCAAGCAUCGAUGUUGCAGCUAUGUCCUAUUACAUCAAUUGGCAGGGUUCAAGUUGGCAUCUUCAAAGUUGGCAUGAUUACAGUUGGCUUCUUUCUAUUGCAGUGGUGCAUCGGUUUCUAGUUCUCAAUGUGUCUCACAGUAUAGAUCAAGUUCUCUAAUUCCCUUGUUGUCAAGCAUCGAUGUUGCAGCUAUAUCCUAUUACAUCAAUUGGCAGGGUUCAAGUUGGCAUCUUCAAAGUUGGCAUGAUUACAGUUGGCUUCUUUCUAUUGCAGUGGUGUAUCGGUUUCUAGUUCUCAAUGUGUCUCACAGUAUGGAUCAAGUUCUCUAAUUCCCUUGUUGUCAAGCAUUGAUGUUGCAGCUAUGUCCUAUUACAUCAGUUGGCAGGGUUCAAGUUGACAUCUUCAAAGUUGGCAUGAUUACAGUUGGCUUCUUUCUAUUGCAGUGGUGCAUCGGUUUCUAGUUCUCAAUGUGUCUCACAGUAUGGGUAUUGAUUCUUAUCUUAAUUGGUUUAUCAUCAGUUGCAGUAUCGAUAUGAGUUCCUAUGCUUCAGACAUAUCCUCUGGGUAAUUAGCUUUUUAUUCAUUCUUAUUUAUUUCAUCAACACCUCAUGCCUAAAACUUUACUUUCACUUGACACCUCUUUCUUUUUUCUCCUAUAUAAACUCUUUUAUACCUUAUGAUCAUCUCCACAACCCUCUUAAUUCAAGUUUUCCAUUUAUAGUUGUUAUGGAUAGAAAUAGCUUAAAUCAGAUAACUCAGCAAAUGGAGAAUAAUUCUAUUGAUGAUGAGCCAAUUCAUAGGAGGGUUAUUUCGCAUUCUGAUAAUGCUAUUUUCACUGGUAUAAGAGAUUGGAGGUUUAGUUUAGCUGGUAAACUCUAUGCUCCAGGAAUUAUGUCAUGGCAGGAUGCUGAGCGGGCUGCAAAAUUUAUUUGGCCACAUCUGCGACGUAAUAAACAAUAGUAUGUUCAAGUUAGAACUCUGGAUCCUAAUAUAUUCUCAAUUAAAUUCACCCCUGCUGAUGAUAAAAAUGUUAUUCUGUUUGGUGGAGCCUGGAAUUUGAUGGGUAUUUGAUUGUCUUGAAGGACUGGAAUCUAACUAUGGAUUUUAAUCUGCUGGAUUUUUCAGUAUCUCUCUUUUGGCUUGAAUAUAAGUAUCUACUCCCUGAAUUUACUUAUGCUGAUGUUCUUAGACUUUUUGGAAGUAUUGUAGGGGAAGUAAGAGUUGUAGGACCUGAUGGUAUUAAUCCACCAACUUCAUCUAGAUAUCGCACUUUAGUCCUAAUUGAUGUUACAACUCUUUUAAUUGAGGGUAUAUAUGUUGCUAAUGCUGCUGGAGUUACUAGAUGGGUGGGUUUUUUCUAUGAGAAGCAGCCUUAUCGUCUAUGUCCUAAUUGUAAAGUUCCAGAUCAUGAAGCCAAUCCUUGUGCUGACGUGACUCAAAGGAGAAUUGAAAUGGAAGAGAUGGUCAGAGGUUUGGGCUUUCCUGAGCCAAUUUAUCCCCAAUAUAGGAACUUGCAAGAAGAAUCUCAAAUGUUUUCACAAUAUGGCUCUCAGAGAAGAAGUAGGUUGAGACAUCCUGUGGUUCAACAAGAUCCUCGUCCUUAUGAUGGCAUGCGCAUUUUUCUAUUCUCGGCUACGGAUUCCGAUAUUGCUUCUUCCUUUACUGCUUAUGCGGAUGUUUCAAGACCUUCUUCUAGCUCGAGACAUUCCAGUUCAAGGCCUGGUUCUACUUUAUCCAGUGAGGUUGCUAGUACUUCGGAUCACAAAAAGAGAGCUAGAAACACCACUGCUUUGGUUACUAAUAAUGAUAAUCAAGACUCUGCUAUGACUUCUCAUAUUGCUCGGCAAGAGGAUAUUGAUAAUCGUCAGAUAACUUCUUUUUCUGCCAUUCAUGGAGAUAGUAUUUGGGACAUUGCUGCUGCACAUGCUUUAGAAGCUCAGAAUCACACUGACGCUUGGCAACAAGUCUUCAUCUUGAUCUUUGGUUUUAUUUUUAUAAUUGUUUUCCUUUUUGCUCUAGUUUUUUAUUUUCCCAUUUUACCUUUUCCUUUGCAUUUUUUCAUUAAUUUCAUCAUGAAAAAUAGUUUCUUGGAACUGUCAAGAGCUAAGUCGGAUAAUAUGAAAUUGUACCUUACUCACACUAAAUAUCCUCAUUUCUGGUUUCAUCCUUCUAUUGGUCUUUCUGGAGGAAUUGCAAUUGCAUGGAAAGAUGGUGUUGAUUUAGAAAUUAUGGACACUUCUGCUGACACUAUUCAAGCAAUAAUUCAUACUCAUGAUAAUCACCCAGAUUUCUUAAUCACCUUCAUGUAUGGUGAUCAUGAUGCUUUAGAUAAUACUAAUCAAUGGAAUUAUCUGUUAUAA